AUGGUUGUGCCGAGCAAGGAGACCCCGCAACACAAAUUAUGGCUUUCCAAUCUCGACGUGGUGGCCAUGAGGGGACACACGCCGGUGCUCCACGUGUACCGGCGCACCGGCGUCUCCCCGUCCUUCGCCGUCGAUACCGUCAAGUCCGCUCUCGCCGAGGCGCUCGCCAUCUACUAUCCGCUCGCGGGGAAGCUCGCGGUCGACGAGAACGGCCGGAUAGAGGCCGAUUGCACCGGAGAGGGGGCGCUCUUCGUCGCCGCCAAAUCAGACGAGUACGCGGUCGACGACGUCGACGGCGUCGUGCCCACGGCAGAGAUGAGGAGGCUGUUCGUGCCCGCCGUCGAGUCCCAUGAACUGCCGUGCACCGUACUUGCCAUUCAGGUGACGUUCUUGAGAUGCGGUGGCAUGAUCUUAGGCACGGCGAUACACCAUGCGGUCGCGGACGGCCGCUGCUUUUUUGAGUUCAUCAAGAUGAUGUCCGACAUCGCCCGACAGGUCGACAGCACGCAACCGGUUUCUCUCUCAGUCGACCGCAGCCUCCUCCGCGCUCGCCCGACUCCGAAGGUCACCUUCGACCACCCGAAUACUCUCCGAGCAAGCGUCAUGGACAUCCUUCAGUAUAUCGGAUAUGCACAUAAUGAUUCCAUGCUGAUUGGCGAUCAGGCAUUCUACACCACCUGUAGUGCCACCUUUCCAACUCCCAUCCACCCAUACAUGUAA